AUGGGCCCCUAUACCGCCUCCUCAUGCUGCUGCCAGGCCCCUAAUCUGCCAUGGGCCCCUAUACCGCCUCCUCAUGCUGCUGCCAGGCCCCUAAUCUGCCAUGGGCCCCUAUACCGCCUCCUCAUGCUGCUGCCAGGUCCAGAGUCUGUCAUGGGUCCCUGUACGGCCUCCCAUUGCUGCUGUCUCCAUCGCCACACUCUGCCAUGUGCCACUUUCAGGUCUCCUCACACUGCUGGUGUGUUCCAUUUUUUGUCAUAGGGUGCUGUACGGCCUCCCAUUGCUGCUGUCUCCAUCGCCACACUCUGCCAUGUGCCACUUUCAGGUCUCCUCACACUGCUGGUGUGUUGAAUUUUUUGACAUAGGGUGCUGGCAGAUUACGGGCCUCCCAUAGCUGCUGCCAGCCUAAUCUGCCAUGGGCCCCUAUACCGCCUCCUCAUGCUGCUGCCAAGUCCA